CAAUUUGUCAAAAUUGGAAAUUUUACAUCCGGAAAAGCUAGAGAAAGAAAUUGGUAAAUUUUUGACAAUCAUUCAACUAAGUAAAAAUAAAAUAAAAAGAUAAAAUGUCUGGAAUUGAUAUCGCGGGAAUUGAACUUACCUGUGGACCGACUCAUCUGAAGAGCAGGAUCCUAGUGAGAAACCUACCGCCUUGCACCCGCCAGGAGCUGUCUUUGCUCUGCGUGCCCUAUGGCCGAAUCGUUGGCUCGCUGGUGAUCGAUACCUACGGAUAUAUCCAGUUUAAUAGUUUAACCGAGGCCAAGAGAGCCAUAGAAUCGCUCAACCUUUUUAUAUUCAAAUCGAAGGCUCUCCGAGUCUCGAACGCCAGCAUUAGCUCCCUCAAGGCCACUUUUUCUGGCAUUGCUCGCCCGAAUAGGAGGAGGAUCGAGUGGUAUGAUGCGGAUGAAGUUAUCCUCGUGGAGCGGAUUAAGUAUGACGACGAUGAAAACAAUGAUGACGAUGAUAACGAUGAGGUAGAGAAUGACUCCGAAAGCGAUGACGAUGAAGGCCAGAAAUCUCGCACACGCAAGCGGAAGAGAAAAACUAACGCCAUAAACCCGAAAAGAAGGAGGGUCCAAUGGUCUGAUGUGGAUGAAGUUCAUGUCGUGGAGCGAAUUUAGAGGAUGACUACGAAAGCGAUGACGAUGACGAUGAAGACCAGAAGUCUCGCCCACGCAAGAGGAAGAGAAAAGCGAACAUCAAAUACGCGAAGUAAAAGAAGAAGUGUCAGAAUCGUGUAAUGGCCAAAAAAGCAAACCUCUAGAAGAAGAACACAGAAACACCAACACUUUUAGAGAAGACCACAACAACUUAAUACAACAACAGUACGAAAGCUGUCUGCACGAAGAACUGUUCGACUCUCUCCCUAAAAAAGAAACACCAACAUAAUUCAAAUUCAACUUCGUCUGAAAUUUGGUGUGAAAUAAACUGGAAGUCAAAAUA